UCCACAGUUCUUCACAUAGGCGUUCAAGGUAUUGAGCUGCCAGGUGGUGAGGGGGCCACAAUGGACCAUUUUGGUGGCUGAAGCAGCUCCCUGGGGCAGAGCAGGCAGCAGAGGGGGUGGCAUUGCAUGGCUAUGGUGAAUCCAGAGGCUCCAACACCACUCCCCGGGAGGCAGGAGGGAAAUGGAGGCAGGAGGCACAUCCCCUUGGCAUCCUCUACCCCCCAGCCCUGAGCCACUGAGGGGCCCAGGCUCUGGCUGCCUGAUAAUGGUGCCUUUGUGCUACUGCUGACUCAGGGCUUUUUGCUGGGCCCCGUGACCCAUCGGUGGGGGACAACGCAAGGGGAGACACAGCCGGCAGCAGGGGACAGGGCUGCGCUGCACAGGAUCGGGUGAGUGCCUGAGCUUUAUCUGCAGCGUGUUGGGCAAAGCCGCUAGACAGAAUGCAGGUGAGUGCCCCAGCCAACAGCACGGGGCAGGCAGCACCCCUGGGCCUUUGGUGGGAAUGCAGCAGAGGGAGGAGCUGAUGGGAUCCCAUCACUCAGCUCAGAGGACGUGCAUGGGGACAGCUCUGCCCCCUCCAUUUCUCUCAGCCCUGGCCAGCCUGGGUUUGCGGAAACCCCUCCCAGCAGCAUGGAGAGCAGCCUUCUCUUUUCUUUUGGCAGCACCGAAUCUCCCCAGUCCCCACCUCGGUGGGGGCUGCCCUUUCUCCCCUGCAGGAACCAUGGGCUCCCGGCACUUCCCUGCCCGGACUGUGCUCUUUGAGAAGGAGUCCACUGGUGUCACAUACCGUGUGCCAGCCCUGCUCUACCUGCCCUGUGUGGCCAAGCUGCUGGCCUUUGCCGAGGAGCGGCUGAGCGCCGACGAUGCCCACGCCAACCUGCUGGUGCUGCGCCGCGGCACUGUCUAUGGCAGCUAUGUGGAGUGGGAAGACAUGCGGGUGCUGGAGACGGCGGCACUGCAGCACCACCGCUCGAUGAACCCCUGCCCGCUCUAUGAUGAGUUCACCGGCACCCUCUUCCUCUUCUUCAUCACGGUGCUGGGCAGGACACCCGAAGCCUUCCAGAUUGUCACCGGGCAGAAUGUCACUCGCCUCUGCUGCGUCACCAGUGCCGAUCAGGGCCUGAGCUGGAGCAAAGCCACUGACCUGACGCAGCAGGUCAUCGGCAGGGCCAUCAAAGAGUGGGCCACCUUUGCGCUGGGCCCAGGGCAUGGGAUCCAGCUGCGCUCUGGCCGGCUGCUGGUGCCCGCCUACAGCUACCACAUCGACUGCAAGGAGUGCUUUGGGCAGCUCUGCAAGACCACCCCGCACUCUUUCGCCUUCUACAGUGACGACCACGGCCAGGGAUGGCGUUUUGGGGAGUUCAUCCCCAACCUGCAGACAGGAGAGUGCCAGCUGGUGUCGGUGGAUGAGGAGGAUGGCUCCAACGUCCUCUACUGCAAUGCCCGCAGCUCCCUGGGCUUCCGUGUCCAGGCACUGAGCACUGAUGAUGGGGCUGUCUUCCAUGGGGGGCAGCUGGUCCCACGGCUGGUCGAGCCCCCACAUGGCUGCCACGGCAGCAUCAUCGGCUUCCCCGCACCUUUAGUGUACGGCCCUCAGCCCCGCUCGGCUCUGCAGGCACUCCCUGCCAUGGUUGCUGGCAGCAGGACUUCAACAGGACCUCGCAGCUGUGCCUCAUUCCAAGGGGAUCCCAAAGGCACUUCUGGGCCCUUCUUCCAAGCGCCGACAUGGGUGCUCUACUCACACCCCACCAGCUCCAUGUCACGGGUCAACAUGGGGGUUCACCUCAGCACCUUCCCUAGGGAUGCAGACAGCUGGACUGAGCCCUGGGUCAUCUACGAGGGCCCGAGCGCUUACUCAGACCUGGCUUACAUGGAGCUGCCCCACGGCCAGUUCCCUGUCUCUGGUGGCCCAGCCAUUGCUUUUGCCUGUCUGUACGAGAAUGGGAAGCGCUCGCCCUACGAGCAGAUCUCCUUCAGCAUGUUCACACUGCAUGAUGUGCUCCAGAACAUCCCCCUGACGGCUGCAGCGCCCCGCAGGAAGCGAAGGCGAAGGAGCUGUUGUGUCUGCUAGAGCCGUCCGCAGUGUCCCCUGGCAGGGGACAGCCAUGGACAGAUGGGGCCAGCUACCACCAGUGGCCAGGCUAGAGCUAGUGGCACCUGGGGACAGCCUGACAUGAGCCCUGUGGCACUGUGAGCUGUGCUGAUGUUGGGAUGCUGGGAGCCGGACUGUGCUGAGGGCUGCUGUCCCAAAACAGGGUUUUAUCUCAUUUUUAUUGCUGGUUUUUAAAUAUAUGGUGGUUGGGCUUACAAGUUCGUGCUGAUAUGACCGUGUCAUCCCAGUUCUCAGCCAUCGUCCCUCUGUCCUACCAGCCUUGCACCUCCCGUCCUCCAUCUAAAAUCCUCCUGAAUAAAUAACUGAUUCCUCAUGCCACUCUCCUGCUGCUUCCAGCUUCUCACCUGUGCAGGGUGCUGGAGAUGCUGUCUCACCUGCCCCCAAAAAUCCCUGCCAGCGGGCAAGCUUCCCACCCAGAUCCACAGCACCCAAAAAAACCAUAUUCACGUGAAUUAAAGAAGCAGCUAAUUGCUUUCCCAAACACACACAGUCAAACAGAUAUCUGUGGAACCAAGAACCAUGCAGAUGUUGCCCUAAGGGGCAUGGUCAGUGGCAGUGGUGGGAUGGGUUGUGUUUAGAGGUCUUUUCCAACCUUAAUAACCCUAUGAAAUACACACUGAGGGGCGCCAGCCUGACGUUUGCUGUGUGUGUGGAUGUAUAUGCAUGAGUGUGAAUUCUGAGGGAUCUGCACCCCAUUUCCAGCACCGCCUCCUCCAGCAUGCCUCUAUUCCACAGCUCCAGCCCCGACCAAGCUGGGAGUCUGAGCUGCCCCCCACAGGAGGCACUACCACCGCAAAA